UGCAGCGCGAGGGACCGAGAGGCAGAGCGCCCAGAGAGGACCAGACCGCCAGGUCGCCCGCAUCCCCCGUGCAGCAGAAGAGAGGAAGCGUGGCCCAGCCCUGCUCCUUAGCGUUAGCCUGGUCACCCGCCACAGCUCCCUGAGCCUCAGAGACCGAGCACCUGUCCUCCGCCUCGGCCUCAGCUGAGCCCCCCUCCGCCGGAGCACUCGCGACCCCUGCAGCCGAAGAAGUGCCCCAGCCUCACGCCGGCGACCACCAUGGCGGAGACCAACAACGAAUGUAGCAUCAAGGUGCUCUGCCGAUUUCGGCCCCUGAACCAGGCCGAGAUUCUGCGGGGGGACAAGUUCAUCCCCAUUUUCCAAGGGGACGACAGCGUCGUUAUUGGGGGGAAGCCGUACGUCUUUGACCGUGUGUUCCCCCCAAACACGACUCAGGAGCAAGUUUAUCAUGCAUGUGCCAUGCAGAUUGUCAAAGAUGUCCUUGCUGGCUACAAUGGCACCAUUUUUGCUUAUGGACAGACAUCCUCAGGGAAAACACAUACUAUGGAGGGAAAGCUGCAUGACCCCCAGCUGAUGGGGAUCAUUCCUCGAAUUGCCCGAGACAUCUUCAACCACAUCUACUCCAUGGACGAGAACCUUGAGUUCCACAUCAAGGUGUCUUACUUUGAGAUUUACCUGGACAAAAUUCGUGACCUUCUGGAUGUGACCAAGACAAAUCUGUCUGUGCACGAGGACAAGAACCGGGUGCCGUUUGUCAAGGGUUGUACCGAACGCUUUGUGUCCAGCCCAGAGGAGAUUUUAGAUGUGAUUGAUGAAGGGAAAUCAAAUCGUCAUGUGGCUGUCACUAACAUGAAUGAACACAGCUCUCGAAGCCAUAGCAUCUUCCUCAUCAACAUCAAGCAGGAGAAUAUGGAGACUGAGCAGAAGCUCAGCGGGAAGCUGUAUCUCGUGGACCUGGCAGGGAGCGAGAAGGUCAGCAAGACUGGAGCUGAGGGAGCCGUGCUGGACGAGGCCAAGAAUAUCAACAAGUCGCUGUCAGCCCUGGGGAAUGUGAUCUCGGCGCUGGCGGAGGGCACUAAAAGCUAUGUUCCAUAUCGCGACAGCAAAAUGACACGAAUUCUCCAGGACUCCUUGGGAGGAAACUGCCGGACAACUAUGUUCAUCUGCUGCUCACCGUCCAGCUACAACGAUGCGGAGACCAAGUCCACCCUGAUGUUCGGGCAGCGGGCAAAGACCAUUAAGAACACUGCUUCAGUGAACCUGGAGUUGACCGCCGAGCAGUGGAAGAAGAAAUAUGAGAAGGAGAAGGAGAAGACAAAGGCUCAGAAAGAGACGAUUGCAAAGCUGGAGGCUGAGCUGAGCCGGUGGCGCAAUGGAGAGAACGUGCCUGAGACGGAGCGCUUGGCUGGGGAGGAUGCCGCGCUGGGCGCUGAGCUCUGUGAAGAGACCCCCGUGAAUGACAACUCAUCCAUCGUGGUGCGCAUCGCCCCUGAGGAGCGGCAGAAGUACGAGGAAGAGAUCCGCCGCCUCUACAAGCAGCUGGAUGACAAGGAUGAUGAGAUCAACCAACAGAGCCAACUCAUAGAGAAGCUCAAGCAGCAAAUGCUGGACCAAGAAGAGCUGCUGGUGUCCACUCGAGGAGACAAUGAGAAGGUCCAGCGGGAGCUGAGCCACCUGCAGUCAGAGAACGAUGCUGCGAAGGAUGAGGUGAAGGAAGUACUGCAGGCACUGGAGGAGCUGGCCAUGAACUAUGACCAGAAGUCCCAGGAGGUGGAGGAGAAGAGCCAACAGAACCAGCUUCUGGUGGAUGAGCUGUCUCAGAAGGUGGCCACCAUGCUGUCCCUGGAGUCUGAAUUGCAGCGGCUACAGGAGGUCAGUGGACACCAACGAAAACGAAUUGCUGAGGUGCUGAACGGGCUGAUGAAGGACCUGAGUGAGUUCAGCGUCAUCGUGGGCAACGGGGAGAUUAAGCUGCCAGUGGAGAUCAGUGGGGCCAUCGAGGAGGAGUUCACUGUGGCCCGACUCUAUAUCAGCAAAAUCAAAUCCGAAGUCAAGUCUGUGGUCAAACGGUGCCGGCAGCUAGAGAACCUCCAGGUCGAGUGUCACCGCAAGAUGGAAGUGACUGGGCGGGAGCUCUCAUCCUGCCAGCUCCUUAUCUCCCAGCACGAGGCCAAGAUCCGCUCUCUCACGGAAUACAUGCAGAGUGUGGAGCUCAAGAAGCGGCACCUGGAAGAGUCCUAUGACUCCCUGAGUGACGAGCUGGCCAAGCUCCAGGCCCAGGAGACUGUGAAUGAAGUGGCCCUGAAGGACAAGGAGCCAGACACACAGGACGCAGAUGAGGCGAAGAAGGCCCUGGAGCUGCAGAUGGAGAGCCACCGGGAGGCCCAUCACCGGCAGCUGGCCCGGCUCCGGGACGAGAUCAAUGAGAAGCAGAAGACCAUCGAUGAGCUCAAAGACCUAAAUCAGAAGCUUCAGUUAGAGCUGGAGAAGCUUCAGGCUGACUAUGAGAAGCUGAAGAAUGAAGAACACGAGAAAAGCACCAAACUCCAGGAGCUGACAUUUCUGUACGAGCGACACGAGCAGUCCAAACAGGACCUCAAGGGUCUGGAGGAGACAGUUGCCCGGGAACUCCAGACCCUCCACAAUCUUCGCAAGCUGUUCGUUCAAGACGUCACGACUCGAGUCAAGAAAAGUGCAGAAAUGGAGCCCGAGGACAGUGGGGGGAUUCACUCCCAAAAACAGAAGAUUUCCUUUCUUGAGAACAACCUGGAACAGCUUACAAAGGUUCACAAACAGCUGGUACGUGACAAUGCAGAUCUGCGUUGUGAGCUUCCUAAAUUGGAAAAACGACUUAGGGCUACGGCUGAGAGAGUUAAGGCCCUGGAGGGUGCACUGAAGGAGGCCAAGGAGGGCGCCAUGAAGGACAAGCGCCGGUACCAGCAGGAGGUGGACCGCAUCAAGGAGGCCGUUCGGUACAAGAGCUCCGGCAAGCGGGGUCAUUCUGCCCAGAUUGCCAAACCUGUCCGGCCUGGCCACUACCCAGCAUCUUCUCCCACCAACCCCUACGGCACCCGGAGCCCUGAGUGCAUCAGUUACACUAACAGCCUCUUCCAGAACUACCAGAAUCUGUACCUGCAGGCCGCACCCAGCUCCACCUCAGAUAUGUACUUUGCAAACUCCUGUAGCAGCAGUGGGGCCACAUCUUCUGGCGGCCCCUUGACUUCCUACCAGAAGGUCAACAUGGAUAAUGGAAACACCACAGAUAUUAAUGACAAUAGGAGUGACCUGCCAUGCGGCUAUGAGGCUGAGGACCAGGCCAAGCUGUUCCCUCUCCACCAAGAGACGGCAGCCAGCUAAUCUCCCACAUGGACUGCUGCGUACCUGCACUUUCAGGUAGUUUCAGGCCCCUUCUCUGACCAGCCUCGGGUUGCCUCCUUUCUUGCCCACAGCUUCUGUUUCUCUCGCUUUUUAAAAUCAUCUCAAAUUUUUUACUAUAUAGUUGUCCCUCAACUCCUGCUGUCCCUUCCCCGGGGGGUUCCAUCAGAGCCACCCCAUGUCCUUUGCACGCUGGCUUCCCCUCCCCCCUUAGCUUGACCACAGUGGUAGUCACAGUACUGCCUUUGGCCACUAGGGGUCACUGCAACAUGUCAAAAGACGUGGGCAAGGGCAGGGUCCAUCUAGAGCCCCAAACACAGAUCACAGCAGGAUGUAGGAGCUAUUAGGAGACCUUGGGAGAUCGUCUCAACCCUCCCUCUGCCUCCACCCUAAAAUGAUUUUGGAUGGCAAGUACUUUCUGAAUUAAGACAUCUCCAGUAAAGGUGAUGUUUGACUUACUCCUACCCCUGUGUCCUAUAUUCCUCAUGUCUGUAUGUCACCAAUCAGCAUUAGAAAAUGCCCCAGGAAGUCUAACUUUUUGUCCCUCUAACUGCAGGGUCAGCACUCCCCUCCCAUCUUGCCAGUGGAGGUAGAAAAGAGCUGUGUGCCCACCUCCAAGCCCCCUUCUCUGCCUCUGUCCCAGGUCCUAUCCCCCGUCCUCUGUGCUCUCCCUGCAGUGUAGAUACCUUCCUUCCUGGUUCUCCUGUGUCACCAGGCUUCUCACCAGGGUUGCUUUAGGGCUCAGAAUCCCAGAAUCCUGGGCAAUGGGAUCCUGUUUAUUGUCCACUGUGGAUCCUUGGCGAAUGAGAAACAAGAGAACACAGCCAGUCUCCCCCUGGGCUGCAUCCCAAGCCCAGCCCUCUCCAGGGGUUUCCCAGAAUAAUAGGCCAGGCACACAUGGGCAGAAAGGCAUGAGAAGCAAUCAGUAGGAGUGGGGGAGGAAGAGUUCAGGAAGGCCUGGGGGUGGAGGAGCAGGGGCUGGGAGGGUGGCGUCUGGUUUUGGGUAUCAAAGGGACAAGACUGUAAGCCGAAGUUGGUACAGAUGCCACACUGUUCCCGUUCAGCAGCUGGGCUGCAAGGUGGUUCCUCACAAUGUCUUUCUCUUUCUUCCCCAGUUUCUAAGAGGGACUGAGGCCUCUUCUCUCAGCAUGCUGCAAACCUGUGGUCUCUGAUACUAACUCCCUCCUCAACCCUUGUUGUUUGACUGUACUAUGUUUGAUGUCUUCUCUUACUCUGUAUCUCUUUGUACUCUGUAUCUAUAUAUCAAAAGCUGCUGCUA